AUGGGACAGCAAACCAUUCGUUGCGCGUUUUUACGGCGCAUUUUCAAAUUUCAAAGGAGCAAGCGACGCCAAGCAGUCUCGGUUCCGCGUUCUCACGAGGACCAGAAUGACGUGCCAGGUUCCAGAUUGAUCGAAUCUCCAGGGGAGGAACAAUAUCAACCCAACUCGAAACUCAUGAGCAUCCCGCUGGACUUGCUGCGCAUGGUUUUCUACUACUUAGAGACCGAGGACUGUAUAGCCUUCUCUCUCGCCUGCGAAGGUCUCUACGACAGUCUUUUCUUUCAGGCCCGGCAGCGCUUCGCGUCUGCCAGUCCAGACCAGAAGCGUAGGGUACAGACAAUGCUGGAAAAGGACCUCAAAUAUAUCGAUAUCUACUGCCCCUUCUGCGAGAUAUUCCACACUUGGAAUGACAAGAGAUAUCGCGAGAUCAAUUGUGUGGAAAAAGACGAAAUUCAGUCAACCACAUUCGCGGCUACUCAACUUGACACUCGCCUUUCGCAGCUGAGUUACCUCGAUGCGCGAAUGAUCGUGAACGCGGUCAUAUUCAAUAAAUCAUAUUCACUAGGCGCUUUGGGCUUGCUACGACGUCAUUUUAUAUUUGGGACGCCUCGAUGCCUCUGGAGUCAGAGCUGGUGGCCAAAGGUCAUCGAUGGAGAGCUAAUUCUCAGUAUCGCCUCCAAACACAUGAAAGAUUCAACGGGGGUAAACGAAGAUGAUUUCGCUUUCAGAGGUGGUGGAUUGGGAUUGAAGCAUGGCCGAUUGGGCGAUCUUCGAUCGCCUUUUGAAUCGAGGUGGAAGCUUGCCGCGGGCGAGGGCAUAAGCCCCGACAGCAGCUGGAUUGAGGGACAUUCAAUGCACAUCACUGAUCACGAGGGCUGGGGAAGCAAGCUCGAAGGACUCAGUGAGGAGGGCGAUUGGACAGCACAUGGAAGUGUCUCAAAAACGUGGGAGGAUAACAUAGAUCGUCUGUUUUGA